AACUUUCACUUUUCCUGGACUCCGCCUCUGUCCCAGCUCUGUUUGGAUUAACACACUUGUGUCAGUCAGCAUGUCGGGUUUUUAGUUUGUGUUAACGUUAUUUGACAUGUUUAUUUGACAUGUUCGUGUCGCUUCAGGGCAGAGGCAGCUUCUUUUUCACCGUGUGAAGCGGCAGCGAGGCGAGCAGCUCGAUGUGGCCGUCCGCGAUGACGGUGCAGGCGGCGGCGGUGGCCGGCUGGGUGUGUGUGCUGCUGGUGGCUGCUGCAGAUCCCGAGGGGAUACUGAACGGCAAGGUGGGUGACAAAGUUGUCCUUCAACCAAAUAUCCCUGUGCCUGGCACCAUCAAAUCCAUCGUGUGGAAGCAUAAUAAUAACUUGGCCAUGCAGUCUGAUGGACAGUCGAUCGAUGGUUAUCGCCAGUUCGAAUUACGUGGCAGCUUGAACAGUUCAAGUGGAGAGAUGACAAUCACGGAGCUGACUCGAAACGACAGCGGAUUGUACACGGUAGAAAUCAACGACGUCACCGGCACUCCAAUCCGUCUCAAGGUCUUCUCUCCCGUGCCCAGACCCACCAUUUCCAAAACAUGCGACGACGAGGGCUCGAGCUGUGUUUUGACCUGUGAUGGAGACACCAUGGACGCCGAGCCAGUCACCUACGAGUGGAGGUCAGGUGACAGAGUGUUGACGGACAACACAAAGGAGAAAAAAAUCACAAAGGAAAACAGUUCAGAUAUGGACAAGUUCAGCUGUGAGCUUGUGAAUCCAGUCAGCCGAGAGAGCAGCCCAGCGAUCACCAACCCUCUCACCAAAGCACCACCGGACACCUCAACACCAUCGAAUCUAAAGAUCUCCACGGGCCUCACCGUCUUCAUCUCCAUGCUCUCAGCUGUGGUGCUGCUGGUCUUAGUUCACAGGUGGAAAGCAGGGUCAUGGUUCUUCCAACAAGAAUCCAUGCCAUGGGAAGCAGACUUCUGGAGCAACAAGAGGCCCAGUGAGACGAGAGAGGCUGUCGAAUCAAACGGCGCCGCUCGCCAAGAGAAGACAGACGAGGAAACGCCAAUGACAUAGACAGACAAGUAACAACAAGUCAGGAUCUGUCCAGGUGUGAAAACGACACCAGAUCCAAGAAGAGGGAACCUGAAAGUCCAGAUGUACGUGUUGCUACGAAUGUCACAAGCCUACAAAAUGAAUUAUGAAACAAAAGCUGAGUCACUUCGAAGCCACAAAUCUGUCACUCAUUUUAAACACAUUAGUGUUAAAGCAAAACACGGAUUAAAGACACUAAGAAGGGAAACAUUGAAGUUAAUGUGACAGUCCAUAAUCUCCAAAGAAACACUGACUUCACAGCAGACUCGAGGCGUACCUCACGUCUUCCUGAGGCUCGUUUCUGGGUGUCGGCGCCUCGAGCUUUAGACAAUACCAGGAAACCGUGCAAGUGUGCUUUCCUGUCGGUACCUGGUGUCUGGAGCUCAUUAAAAAAACUCCACUGGGGGAUGGUUUGUGAUUUGAGGCACGUCUGAUGUGGAUUCCUGCAGCCUCACAGUGUUUAGAAUAAAAAAAAAAAGGGAGGCCUUUGUCCGGUUUGGACCGCCGGCUUGAACCAACAAGCGAGGCAUUGUACAGCGAGAAUGUGUGUGUUUGUGUCUGUGUGGCAAAUAUGUGAACAAAACAAAGUCAAUCAUAUAUUUUUUACUUUUCUUGGAUGUGUUUCAUUUUGCUGAACUCAUUUUAACUCUGCAUUUAACUCUAAACUCUGAAGUACUGUGGCCUUGUCUCGGGUUUGUUCUUGCACUUAAAUCUUCUUUUUUCUCGUUGACCCUGAAAAUCUCAAAGUAUUUUAUCCUUUUUAGCCACACGUGAGCUACUAACUGCAGUUUUUAACAUGCAGAGGAGCACUACAUUCAAAGCAUUAGCCGUAGAUUAGGCAUUUCUCGACAAAAGGCACUGACUUGUACAACCGUAGGAGCUUAUUUAUUGUGGUUUGAAUAUGUGAAUGUGUUUUUAUAUGGGCUCUAUUCAAUAAAAACAACAGAGCAUCAA